AUGACAGAUGAAAACUCGGCGGGCGCCUCGCCCGUGAGAAGAGGGCACAGGGACGAUGGAAUUCUUGUCCUGCAUGAGGUGACUCCCCAGGCGGUAGAAGAAGAAUGCAUAAAUGUAGACGUGGAGAGGAUCAAACGUAAAAGGAAGAACAAGAAACUACUGAAUAAGUUAAAAAAAAAAAAUCGGGAGAAAAUCCUUCAGAAAAAUCGUAUCGAUUACUUGCCAGUGGAUCCAAAGGAACUUCCGCAGAAUUUGCCAAUAACGAAAAAAAUAAAAAAUAAAAAAAUAAAAAUGAAAUUGAAGAGGGAUGUGAGACUGGCCAUUUUAUCGUCCAAGAAGUUGUUGGCGAAUAGGAAGUUUAAGCGAGUGGAGGAGGGAUUCAUUCGGGCGGCGCCACCAAGUGGGAGCACCAACAAAGGGGAGGUGAUGAAUAAAGGGGAGAAGAUGAUGGACAACGGGGAGAUGAUGAAUAAAGGGGAGGUGAUGAAUAAAGGGGAGGUGAUGAAUAAAGGGGAGGUGAUGAAUAAAGGGGAGGUGAUGAAUAAAGGGGAGGUGAUGAAUAAAGGGGAGAAGAUGAUGGACAACGGAGGAGAGUCAACUGUUGGCGCUUCCGCAGGGGCACGAUCCCUACUAACGCAGAAAGAACUCUACGCACAAGCGGAUAUGGGCAUCAAAAAGAAAAUCAUCGACCUGAGGUUGAACUUGGGAGCAUACCAAUGCAGAUAUUCACGAAACGGAAAGUACCUUCUGUCGACGGGAGAAAAAGGACACAUCACACUUAUGGAUACACAGAACUUAGAACCCAUGUGUGAACUGCAAGUUGAGGAAUCAGUUAGAUGCAGUACCAUACUACACAACCACAAACUCUUCGCAGUGGCACAAAAGAAAUAUAUAUAUUUUUAUGACAACACAGGCAUUGAAGUAAACUGUAUCAAGGAUAUCCUAUACACCUAUCAACUUGAAUUCCUUCCAUACCAUUUCUUAUUAACUUCCAUUGGAGAGUUUGGUGAAUUGGUGUAUCAAGAUAUAUCCAUGGGAAAUAUCAUUACAAGAAAAAAAACGAAAAGAGGCCCAUGUAAUAUAAUGAAACAGAGUAAACAUGAUGCAACCAUCUACCUUGGUCAUCAAAAUGGCCAUGUAACUGUAUGGACCCCCAAUAUAGACAAACCUGUAUGUGACAUAUACUGCCACGCCACUCCUAUAUCAGCCAUAGCCCUUCAUAAAAACUAUCUUAUCACCUCCUCUGUUGACUGUACAUACAAACUCUGGGAUCUUAGGAAAUUACAGUUCAUUGAAUCGUAUCGCUCUCAUAAUAUCAUUAACGAAAUGGACAUCAGUGAUACAGGCAUCGUUGGCAUGGCAAUAAACAGCCAUUUCAGAACGUAUAAGGAUUUCUUUAACAAACCACAACUAUACUUAACACACAACAACUAUGGUGAUAAAAUAAACUCCCUCGCAUUUCAACCCUUUGAAGACAUAUGUUGUGUGGGUUCACGCUACUCCAUCAAGUCUCUUCUCAUUCCAGGAGCUGGUCUAGCGAACAUCGACACAUACGUAAACAACCCAUACGAAACAAAGAAACAAGUUCGGGAAAAUGAAAUAAGGUCGCUUCUUGAUAAACUGCCUCCUGAUACCAUCACCUUUGGAAAAAAUAAACUUGGACUGAUCAACCCGUUCGCUUCAAACGUGAAGCAGGUGAAUGGAAAAACUCAGCAUGGCUAUGGCUAUGGCUACGGUGCAGGUGAAGCAGGAGGAGCAAGUGGUGAAGGAUCUCAUCACCGAACCAAUCAUAAAAACCCUCGGAAUCACAACACCAUCCAUAGUAAACAACAGAUGGGGGAUUCAUCCGAUGACGAAUCUUCUGACGAUGCCACAGGAGGACUUAGGCGUGGACGGAAGGGAUCACUCCACCAGAACACAACAAGAACAAAACCCCCAGGGAUGAAGAAGAAGAAAAAAAAAAAAAAUAAAAAUAAAUCCUUUUUAAAUUCUAACGUUCCCAAACAUUUGCGCAAAAGUGCCAAAGAUAGAGCGGCCGAGCGCACGGCGGGAGGGAGUUAA